AUGCGGCGGACCUUUGAGGCUGCGGUGGCGGCACUUCUCGUGCUGCGGCGAUUGCGAGUUGUUGGAGCGGAGUCGCUCGAUAUUGUUAUCGAGUUGUUUCAAGACCCUUUAUGCUAUGAGUUCUUCUCGAAGAGCACAUACAUGGACAGCAUAUGCUAUGCCAAUCUGUACACCGAUGGCACGUCUAUAGCAUUUGCAGCGAAAAUCAUAGAUUUCGCUGAUGGCGACCAGGGCAGGAAUAUAUUCGCGGUGGGUGAGUAUUCGGACGACUGCUAUUCCUUGUAUUCGGCAAAACGUAUUUGGAGAGAAGGCGAGUGCAACCCGUGGAUCGGACCCAAUAUCUGGGCUAUGAUGUCGACGAAACCCCGGUCCAAGACCUGUCAAGGCGAUGGGUGUUCCCGGCUGUCACAAACGAUCCAGACAUUCUACGAGCAGUCGGGUUGCACUGGGCUCCAAUACGCCCAGAUCAAGUUCCCCGUCCAGAGCGAGUGCCUGCGGUAUUACAACGGAACACAGAAGUUUGCGGUGGACGGGGCGGUAACAACAAUCACGCAGACCGACUACCCCUUGAACGACAACUGCUGCGCGGAGGGGUGUGCCACCGAGGCGGCGCUCGGGACGGUGUACUCGCUGGAGAACGAGAGGUGCUACACCUUCUACAAAGACAAGGCCCCCAGGAGCUUCAAGUGGACCAUGGACAUCUACUCGGAGAACCCCGGCGGCGGCGGCGCCGGGCCACGGGUGCCUCCUCUCGCCGUGCAGGCGGCGCUGGGCCUGGCAGCCUGGGCGGCCACGGCGCCCGCCUGA